AUGCACCCUCCGUCUCCCCAACUCCUCCGCGCCUUGCGCACCUCAAUCUCCCCCAACUGCGGCGCCAGCGCAAUCUGCACCCAACUCGCAUCUCGCUCCAUCUCCCCUCUCGCUCGGAUUACUUCCUCCCCCCUCACGUUCAGCCGCUACAACAGCAACGAUGCUCGUCCGACCCGGAUGAUCCCUCGCGCUCACAGCGCAAAGCCCUCCAGCCGAGACCGCGGCCCGCCGUCCAAGGAAGACACCCAGACGGACUUUGGUGCACUCAACGUGCUAGGCAAUAUCCCCGCCCCGACGACCGCUAUCGACGCUACUCUUGAUACGGGAUUUCAUCUGGAUAAUGGCGUCAAGAUCACCGGCGGGAACGGAGUGUUCCUUGUUGGCGGAGAAGCCUUUGUCUGGCGGCCGUGGCAGGGUGCUGAAGCAGGGAAGAACAGUAUGGUCAAUCAGAAAGGCCAGUUUGAGGUUCCGGAACAUGCGUGGGGAAUUUUGGAUCUCGUUUGGCCUCGUCCGGAUAUGUUGAUUAUUGGUAUGGGAGAGACUGUGUUUCCUCUGUCGCCGGAGACCAAGAGACAUAUCAAUUCUCUGGGAGUUCGGGUGGAAGUCUUGGACACGAGGAAUGCUGCUGCGCAGUUCAAUUUGCUGGCUACGGAGCGAGGUGUGUCGGAGAUUGCUGCUGCUAUGAUCCCGAUCGGUUGGAAGGGGAGGUAG